AUCAGCGCGCAGCUCUGCGUCUGGAGGAGUGGAGCAGCUCUGCCGCAGCUGAACCAAACCUCGCCUUUUCCUGGAACAUCCAAACAAAAGGCCUGGAAAUCGAGCCCGCAUGUGAAGAGAGCCGAGGUGGAGCACACUCAGCAUGACAGAAACCACCAAAACCCACGUUAUCCUGCUUUCCUGCGGAAGCUUCAACCCCAUCACAAAGGGACACAUCCAUAUGUUCGAAAAAGCCAGAGACUUCCUGCAAAAGACAGGGCGCUUCAUCGUGAUUGGUGGGAUCAUUUCACCUGUACAUGACUCCUAUGGCAAACCGGGUCUCAUUUCUAGCAGACAUCGGCUCACCAUGUGUCAGUUGGCAGUGCAGUCAUCUGACUGGAUCAGGGUCGACCCUUGGGAAUGUUAUCAGGACACCUGGCAGACUACCUGCAGUGUACUGGAGCACCACCGAGAUCUCAUGAAGAGAGUAACAGGAUGCAUUCUGUCUAACGUGAACACACCCUCUACCACUCCUGUGAUUGGCCAGCCCCAGAACACCACUCCUCCUAUCUAUCAGAACCGCAACACAGCCAACAAGCCCACAGCUGUUAAGCUGUGGGGAAAGAUGAGUGAGAGUCUGGGUAAAAUCUGCUGUGUUCGCCCACAAGUGGAGCGCUUCACCUUUGUUGAUGAAAACGCAAACCUCGGCACCGCAGUGCGCUAUGAAGAAAUCGAGUUGCGUAUCCUGCUCCUGUGUGGCAGUGACCUGCUGGAGUCCUUCUGCAUUCCUGGGCUGUGGAACGAGAGUGAUAUGGAGGUGAUCGUAGGUGACUUUGGGAUAGUGGUGGUGCCUCGGGACGGAGCUGACACAGAAAGGAUAAUGAAUCAUUCCUCGGUGCUUCGUAAGCACAAGGGCAACAUCAUUGUGGUGAAGGACGAUAUGAACCAUCCGAUGUCAGUUGUCAGUUCAACUAAGAGCAGACUGGCUCUCCAGCAUGGAGACGGCCACGUGGUGGACUACCUGACCCAGCCAGUGAUCGACUACAUCCUGCAGAACCAGCUCUACAUCACCGCCUCUGGAUAGGAGAGAGGACGCAAGCGGAUGCCUCUCUUUAAGCUGCCCCGUUUGUCUCCCUGUGUGUGAUUAACAGUGUAGUCCUGCCUCACUCUACCACUGCUUUUUCCAUAUAGAGGAGCGUAAACUAUCUGUCAUCCUUUCUAACUGUAUCAUAGUGACUUGUCAGGAGUAAGGGUGCGCCGCGCUGUGCCGAACAGAGCCGCCCUGUACCGGUGCGAUGCGAGGAGAUGGAGCAGGUGGACGUAGUGGUCUAAUGAGGUGAAGGAAAGGGGUGUGUAAAGAACAGAAAUUGGAAGAGGGAGUGUGUAAUACAGGAAAUGUUACCGGCUUGAAUGUUGGCCUUGCUGUCAGUUUGAUACUGUCUUUUCCUCUAAUUGCAUGUCUAGAGGUUUUCUUUUACCGCACGAGUGCUCGAAUAGCCUUGUAGACUGUAGUCUGCUGUGACAGUGUUUGCAAAAAAAAAAAAAAAAAAAAAGAGUGCUUAGGCGCCUCUCAUCUCUAACUUCAUUUUCUAUUUAAUAUGACUCUGUGUACAAAGGAAUUUGGAUUGCUGUCAUUUAUGCAACUGCAAAUAUUAUGCUGCACUGUUCUUGUCUUCAAUGUGCAUUCAUGCAUAUGUCAUUUGUAUUUGGUUGCACAUUAAAGAAUGACCUUUCCUUUUGUGCAGUACUUCUAAUAAGGCUGUCUUUGCUUGCCAAAACGCUUAAGAAGCUAUUAAUAUGUUUUCAGUAAAAAACAAAUCACUGCCGUUACUUUGAAUAUUUUGUGGCUGUCAUUUUCAACGUAUUUUGACUGUGUAAAAGUAGACACACCUACAGGCUCUCCUCUUGCUUCCAAACUCCUGAGUUGGGUUUGUUUUAAGAAGGAAGUCGAAGAAGAGCUCUGUGUUUUAUCACUUUGAUGAAAGUGCACAUAGUCCCUGAUUCCAACUUGAUUUCGAUAUCUGAAAUCUGAAGCAUUAUUUAAGCGAUGCAGUGAAUAGAACAGCUAAACAAUAGAGCAGUGCAGUGAGUUUAAACAGGGCAUAUAAACGUAAUAUACACGCACCGGCAGCUUUGUUUUGAACACGUGUACACAUUCACGUUCGUGUAAUCAUCCAGUCAGCCAGUCGUGUAACAGCAGCGCAAUGCCUAAAUUCAUGCAAAUGCAGGUCAAGAGGUCUGGCGCUGGCGAAACUGUCCGGUAUCGGUGAGCUUGUGCCCACGGUAGCUUCAGAUUCUUGUUCUUGGCUGCAGGAGGGGAACCUGAUGUGGUCUUCUGCAGUUAUAGACCAUCCACCUCAAAGUUUGAUGUAUUGUGUAUUCUGAGUUGCUUUUCUGCUCACCGUGGUUGUAAAGAGUGCUUAUAUAAGUUACUAUAGACUUCCUGUCAGCUCAAAGAGCAACACCGAAAGCCACAGGAGAUGUGUUUUCCUCCAGUGGCAGUCAGAUUCUACAGCGCCCCAACUUUCUGCCAGAAGGGGUUCUCUAAAACCUAAAUGCUGCUUAAGUCAAUCAUUUUUGUACAGUUUUUUAAAGAAUAUUUUCAUCUCACUUUUAUUUACAGUUAUAUUUUUACACUUAUAUCUCCACUUUAUUUACAUUGUUACGUUGUACAGUUUUAAAGAAUAUUUUUAUUUUUAUUUAAGGACUAGCAUAUGUUUGUAUCUACCUAUAAUUUUUUCUUACCAAAUAUAUUGUUAUCUUGAACUGGUUUUUUUUUCUAUUGUCUUGAGAAAGCUGGCACUAGAACUUCCCUCGGGAUGAAGAACGUUUACUUUAUCUUAUCUUCGAACCAGUCUGACUGUUCUCUGAUGAAUCUCUGAUGAUACGGAUGCUUGAUGUGAACAUUAACUGAAGCUCUUGACCUGUAUCUGUAUGAUUUUAUGCAUUGCUCUACUGCCACCUGAUUGGCUGAUUAGAUAAUUGGAUGAACGAGCAGUGGCACAGAUAGCCGGUGAUUGUAUGUUUCAUGUAAAAGUAACUUUAUUAAUAUAAAAGUAGCUAUUAAUAUUACCAUUAAAGAGCAGUGAGAGAAUUUGAAGGAUACUAAUUAGGAGUCUGAAAUAUAUUAUAACAGGUUAAACAUUUAUUUAACAUGGCUGUUUAACAUAAAUUUGUUUUGCCCCUUAAUUGCACUAUAAAUGAUGUUUAUAAAAGUCAUCGUUAAGUAGACUCUUUCAAUAUAUUGCAUAUAUAACCACCCCUUAGUUAGUUUAAUCAUAUUUUAUUGGCUAUGAGCUGCUAUGGUGAGAAACAAACAGGAUUAAUCUGUCAGAGUCAUGCUUCUUUUCCUGAAUACUGAGGUGACAGCCACUGAAGAAGUAGAGGUUUACAGCAGGAGGUGAUAAAGAAUGGGAAGAUUUGGCGUUAUAAGAUAAGAGAUCAUUCCCUCCCGUAUUACUAGCAUGGUAUUUGAAUCAUUUUCAGUGCUUAAAGGUUUUUGAUGGUAAUGUUAUUAAUAAGGAAAGACUGGUUGAAGGUAGAUUGUGCCUUAAAUGGCUUGCACGAGUGUGUCGCACUUCUCAGUGAUAUCAUUCCGUAUAUUUCCUUAUGCUCCACCACUGCUUCAGAGUCUUAUAGCUGCACAUCUCUUAAUUAAGCUGCAAUACAUAAUUGUCAUGUAAUAUUAUGUUAAUGUAUGAAUUUUAAGCUUGAAAUUUAUGACCACAUUGGAUAAGUGAAAUAUGAACUAGUUCAUUUUUAGUAAUUUUUACAAUAAGUAAGUAAGGAUAGUGAUUUUAUCUACGUGAAGGCUGAUAGAAUGGAGCACUUGGUUAGAUUGUAUUGGCAAGUCUUUUGUAGAAGGUAUAUUUUUUCACUGUUUCGUGACAUACUUAAACUGAAUGAAUUCAAACUAAAACGUGUAUUGUAUACUUGCUACUACUUAAACUUCACAAAACCGUGACCAGUGACUGUACUUCAUCCAAGUAGAUGUUGGUUUCUUCAGCUUCAGAUCUGAUCUCUUCAUCAAAUCAUUGUGCAUGAUGCAAUAAUAUGGUUUAACACAGGGUUAGAACGGAUACGUGCUAAACAUCUCACUCUGCAUGGCUUGCACGCACUCCAGAUUUGCUGUAAUAUACCUCUAUAAUCCACUCAGCUUACUACACAUAGCUCUGAUGUUAGUGCAGAUCAUAAUCUACACUUCCUUUCAGUUUAGUUUCAGAUUAUACAGAUUAUUUUAUCUCUGCUUUUUACAUUUAUUAUUAAUGCUUGAUUAUAAUUGUACGUGUCUGUUGAUGUGCACAUAAUGGAACAGAUAUAUAAAAAAACACAUCGUGGUGCCAGUG